AUGAAAUGGUGGGAACAAAACUAUGCAACCAACUCUAAACAUCUGAGAAAGAAAAUUUACAAAACGUCAUCACCACCAUACGAAUUAUCUAUCGACGGAACUGAAAUUAGUGACCCCAAUGAAGUUGCCAAUGUGAUCAAAGACAAAUAUCAACAAAACCUCAACUUUAGAGGAAGAAAUCAUCAAAUUGACAUUACCAAAAUCACCACGGAAGAGAAAGAAUGGAUAAUUCAGAAUUUGAAAUCCACAGCACCCAAUGAACUAGGUUUAAGACAAAAAACUAUCAAAUACAUGUGUAAGGAAUUACAGGAGGAAAUUUUUCAAAUUAUUGAAAAUAUCAUUACAACUGGAUUUACUCCUGAAUCUAUGCAAAGUGUCAGCAUUCUCCCAAUUCACAAAAAGAAUAAGGACCACUCAAACUCUGCUAACUAUAGACCUAUUGCCCUUAUGGACUCAGGACUUAAAAUAGCUACUAAAUUAAUCACCAAAAGAUUGAAGGAAGUGUUAAAGGGAAGAUUAUCAUUAGCUCAAUUUGGUGGUGAAGACGGCAGAGAAACUAUUCACAGAGUCCUUUCAAUUUACAAUAUGAUUGCUUGGGCAAAAAAGGACAAGAACCCUUUUUAUGGUUUGGCUGUUGACAUCAAAAAAGCUUAUGACUCAUUACCGAGAAUUAUGCUUCGUGAUGGACUGCUAUUCUUAGGGAUUGAUGAAAUUACUGCUGAUGGAAUUCUGGAAAUAUUUGAUGGAUUGAAACAAGGAGACACCUUCUCUCCCCUUGCAUUCAAAAUUGCGCUUGAGCCUCUCUUACAAUUUUUAGAAAUAACAUAUAAUGGUGCUAGUGUUGCAAAUUAUUGGAACAUUAGUACAGGCGCAUGGAUUGAUGAUUUGAACUCAUUUUCCAACGAACCUGAAAUUGAAAAUUCUUUGCAUGACAUUGAAACCUAUCUUCAUGGCUAUCACAUGGAAUUAGAUCAUUCCAAAACUAACCUCUUCUCUGAUAAGGAAUGUAGUAUCAAGACAUUAUCUGGAAGUACGAUCAAAAGUAAUGAUUCUAUUAUUAUACUUGGUAAUAAUAUUACCAAUAAUACUGAGGAACAAAAGAAAUACACUACUUCAAUUAUUGAAGAAGUUAAAAGAAGAACUAUCUCUAUUGGCUGGAAUUUUCCAAUACAGAACAUUGUCAAAAUUAUCAACACAGACAUUGUUCCGUAUGCACUGUACCACCUAAUUCCUCUUGCUAAUGACCAUCUAGAGAAACAAAUUGAUAAAUUCUUUCGCAACUUUAUAUGUGAAAGAUUAAGAACCAAGAGAAAAUUAGCUCUCGAGUGGUUUUAUACUCAUCAAGACAAAGGUGGAUUUGGAUUAAUUUCUGUUCAAGAAAUGAGUUACUCGGACCUAAUGUGUAAAGUCAGAAAGUUCCUUGAACAAUAUGAUAUUUGUCUUGGAUCUUCUACAAGAUUCCUUUGUGAACGAAUCAAACAGGAGCAUUGUUUUGACAUCCUCAAUGAUCCAAUCCCUACUUGGUAUAAACCAGACCCAUGGAUUCCUCAAUAUCUCAAGAGAAUAAUUUUCAUGAACAAAUCUUCCAAUAUUAGAUUGUGGCAUUCGAGUGACCAAUGGCAUGAAAAAACUCUCAUCCCUUAUGGAAAAUUCCCUAAAGGUUUAAGACAAUUCCUGCUCUAUAAAGAUUGGAACAGAUUAACAUGGAUUUUGGAAAAAUCAAAAGACGAAAGCAAAUACUACAAAUAUGUUGGUAACAACACAUCCAUGUCAAACCUCUUGAACAAAGCUACACUAAUUGGUACUGACGGAUCGUGUAACAAUAAUAUUGCUGGAUACGGUAUCGUAACUGAUCAGAAUGUUUCCAUCUCAAGUCACACCUUAGGACAAGGAACUUCCUACAACAGUGAAGUUCAAGCGCUCCACACAGUUGUUAGAUUAGCUAGAUAA